GGCCGGAGUUGAAUGAUUGAACUUUCCAGCGGAGUUGCGGCGGCCGUGAGGUUCCCGGCAGUGCGGCCCCGGCGCGGAGCUGGGAGCCUCGGCCAGCGCCCGGCGCCCGCGCCCCCGACCCGCAGCCAUGGUGCCCGGGGCGCCCCUGACCCUCUGCCUCUGGCUGGCGGCCUCCGGGGGAUGCCUGGCGGCCGGCUCCGGCGCGACGGCCGCCCGGCGGCUGGACGAGUCGCUGUCGGCCGGGAGCGUCCAGCGCGCCCGUUGCGCCUCCAGGUGCCUCAGCCUGCAGAUCACGCGCAUCUCCGCCUUCUUCCAGCACUUCCAGAACAAUGGUUCCCUGGUUUGGUGCCAGAAUCACAAGCAAUGUUCUAAGUGCCUGGAGCCCUGCAAGGUGUCCUGGGACCUGCGGAAGCAGCAGUGCCAGAGCUUCUGUGAGCCUCUGUUCCCCAAGAAGAACUAUGAAUGCCUGACCAGCUGUGAGUUCCUCAAGUACAUCCUGUCGGUAAAGCAGGGGGAUUGCCCAGCUCCCGAGAAAGCCAGCGGCUUUGCCGCCGCCUGUGUCGAAAGCUGUGAAGCGGACAAUGAGUGCUCUGGGGUUAAGAAGUGUUGUUCCAAUGGAUGUGGACAUACCUGCCAGGUGCCCAAGACUCUGUACAAAGGUGUCCCCCUGAAGCCCAGGAAGGAGUUACGAUUCACAGAACUGCAGUCCGGGCAGCUGGAGAUUAAGUGGUCCUCAAAAUUCAAUAUUUCAAUUGAGCCUGUGAUCUACGUGGUACAAAGAAGAUGGAAUUACGGAAUCCAUCCUAGUGAAGACGACGCCACGCAUUGGCAGACGGUAGCCCAGACCACGGAUGAGCGGGUCCAACUGACCGACGUACGGCCCAGCAGGUGGUACCAGUUCCGAGUGGCGGCCGUGAAUGUGCACGGGACCCGAGGCUUCACCGCCCCCAGCAAACACUUCCGCUCCUCCAGAGAUCCAUCGGCACCACCGGCCCCAGCCAACCUCCGGCUUGCAAACUCCACCAUCCACGGUGACGGAAGCGUGGCUGUGACGAUCGUUUGGGAUCUCCCCGAGGAACCAGACGUCCCAGUGCAUCACUACAAAGUGUUCUGGAGCUGGACGGUCAGCGGCAAGUCACUGGUGCCAACGAAGAAGAAGAGGAGGAAGACCACGGGUGGGUCUCAGAAUUCUGUGACCCUGGAGCCACUGCAGCCCAACUGCGUCUACACGGUGGAGCUGCAGGCUGUCACCUACUGGGGCCAGACGCGCCUCAAGAGCGCCAAGGCCUCCCUCCACUUCACGUCCACACAUGCCGUCCACAACAAAGAACAACUUGGGAAAACUAGAAAAAGUGUGAUGCAAAUACAGCCUCCGUUUCAAAGACGACGGCCCACUCGCCUCCUGGAAAUCGGAGCUCCAUUCUAUCAAGACAACCAGCUGCAAGUGAAGGUGUACUGGAAAAAGACCGAAGAGCCCGGUGGCAGUCGGUAUCACGUGCAGUGGUUUCCAGAAGUCUGUGCCCACAACGAGUCCGCCGGGGCAGAGGCAUCCUCGGGCGUGACCCAGGAAAAUUACAUGAUUCUUCAAGAUCUAUCAUUUUCCUGCAAAUAUAAGGUGACCGUCCAACCCACACGGCCAAAGGGCCGCUUGAAAGCAGACACCGUUUUCUUUACGACCCCGCCAUGCUCCGCUCUGAAGGGGAAAAGCCACAAGCACGUCAGCUGCCCCAGUGACGCAGGUCACGUUCAUUCCAAAGUGCACGCCAAACCCGAGAACCUCUCGGCCUCCUUUGUGGUGCAGGACACGAACGUCACGGGGCGCUUCUCCUGGAAGACGAGCAAGGCCACCGUCCAGCGGCCCGUGACCGGCUUCCACGUGACGUGGGCCGAGGCCACGACCGAGAGCAGGCAGAACGGCCUUCCCAACAGCAUCAUCUUGCAGUCCCAGAUCCUCCCGGCGGAUCGCUCCGUGCUCACGGUGCCAGGUCUGCGGCCGGCCACCCUCUACCGUCUGGAGGUGCAGGUGCUGACUGCGGGCGGGGAGGGACCCGCCACCAUCAGGACCUUCCGGACCCCCGACCUCCCGCCCUCGGCUGCGCACAGACCCCACCUGAAACACCGUCAUUCACACCAUUACAAGCCUCCUCCAGAAAGAUACUGACCUGUUCCCGGAGACGUCUGAACCCCGAGCGAGCGUGUCAGCUCGCAGACCUUCGAGAACCGGCCGCGCCCGCUUACGGGGGCACCAGGCCUUUCCCAUAGGACCUCCCGCCCCAUCUAACUUUACUGCACUAAACGCUUCUGUCUGUCUCGGACGUGCCUGGACACCAGGGACAAGUGGUGAGACGGUGGAGGUGGACACAGUUUCCUGUGAGAAUGGAGAAUACGAAGGCCAGGCCUGUUUCACUGCAAAAUCUGUUUCCAUAUAUGGUUUAGCUAUAAUCUCAAGUGAAUUACUGCAGAUCUGAGACUUCCCUGAAUUUAGAGCAGCAAAUUCUCAAGAGAAACCGGCGUAACAAACACACAAUUUAUACACGUAAUAAGCAUACUAAGCAUACACAUAGUAAGCAUCAAGUUACUCAAUAAACAUUUUAAAAUCAAA